AUGGAUUUGAUGAACCGAGUAUUUCAGCCUUAUUUGGAUUGGUUUGUGGUAGUGUUCAUUGAUGACAUACUGCCAGAACCUGGAAAGGAGUUCACGGUUUAUAGUGAUAUAUCACAUAUCGAUUUGGGAUGUGUGUUGAUGCAAGAUGGUAAGGUGGUAGCAUAUGCAUCUUGUCAACUUAAGACACAUGAGACAAAUUAUCCGACGCAUGACUUGGAAUUGACCGCUGUGGUGUUUGCCUUGAAAAUCUGGAGGUGGAUUGAGCUGCUUAAGGACUACAACUACACCAUUGAGUACCAUCCUGGCAAGGCCAAUGUGGUGGUCAGUGCACUGAGCCGUAGAGCUAUGACUAAUUUGAGGGCAAUGUUUGCUCGCCUAAGCCUAUUUGAUGAUUGUAGCUUAUUAGCCAAACUUCAGGUUAAGCUGAUAUGGAUUGAGCAGAUUAAGGGUAAGCAGUUAGAGGACGAGUCUUUAGGUCUUCGGUUCCGACAUAUUAAUAGUGGUAGCACUAAGAAUUUUGGACUGAAUAGUGAUAGGGCACUCUAUUUUCGUAGGAGAAUCUAUGUUCCAAAUGAUACUGAUCUAAGACAGUUUAAUUGA